AUGGCAGAUAAGGCAGUUGGUGAUUUUGGCCUCAUUGGUCUGGCCGUUAUGGGCCAGAACCUCAUCCUAAAUGUGGCAGAUCAUGGAUUUACCGUCGUAGCAUUCAACCGCACUGUGUCUAAAGUCGACCGUUUCCUGGAAAAUGAAGCUAAAGGCAAAUCUAUUGUCGGUGCCCACUCUAUCGAGGAGUUCUGCGCAAAGCUCAAAAGACCACGCAGAAUCAUGCUACUAGUCAUGGCCGGCAAGCCAGUCGACGAUUUCAUCGAAUCCCUCCUGCCCCACCUUGAAGACGGCGACAUCAUCAUCGAUGGCGGAAACUCCCACUUCCCGGACUCCAACCGUCGCACAAAAUACCUAGCCAGCAAGAACAUCCGCUUUGUGGGAUCUGGUGUCUCCGGCGGUGAGGAAGGUGCCCGAUAUGGGCCCAGCUUGAUGCCCGGUGGAAACGAGGAGGCGUGGCCAUAUAUCAAGGACAUCUUCCAGAGCAUUGCUGCCAAGAGUGAUGGCGAGCCCUGCUGUGACUGGGUCGGUGAUGAGGGCGCUGGCCACUAUGUGAAGAUGGUCCACAAUGGCAUCGAAUAUGGUGAUAUGCAGCUGAUCACAGAGGCGUAUGAUAUCAUGAAACGCGGUCUAGGCAUGACCGGAAAGGAGAUGGGCGACGUCUUCGAAAAAUGGAACAAGGGCGUCUUGGAUUCCUUCCUGAUCGAAAUUACCCGCGACGUCCUGCGCUACAAUGAUGACGACGGUGUGCCGCUCGUCGAAAAGAUCCUCGACUCUGCUGGGCAGAAGGGUACUGGCAAGUGGACCGCUAUCAAUGCCCUCGAUCUCGGCAUGCCAGUCACUUUGAUCGGCGAGGCUGUUUUCGCCCGCUGCCUCAGCUCGUUGAAAUCAGAGCGUAUCCGGGCUAGCAAGAUUCUCCAGGGACCCAACCCGAACUUCACUGGCAACAGAGAGGAGUUCAUCGACAACCUGGAACAGGCCCUCUAUGCAUCCAAGAUCAUUUCCUACGCCCAAGGAUUCAUGCUGAUCCAGGACGCCGCAAAAGAAUAUGGCUGGAAACUAAACAAGCCUUCCAUCGCCCUAAUGUGGCGAGGCGGCUGCAUCAUCCGCUCCGUCUUCCUCAAGGACAUCACCAACGCCUACCGCAACAACCCAGACUUGGAGAACCUCCUCUUCGACGACUUCUUCCACAAUGCCAUCAACAAGGCCCAAGCAGGCUGGCGCGACGUUGUCAGCAAGGGUGCGCUAUGGGGAAUCCCAACACCAGCGUUCAGCACCGCACUCAGCUUCUACGACGGCUACCGCACCCGCGAUCUACCGGCCAAUCUGCUCCAGGCUCAGCGGGAUUACUUUGGCGCGCAUACAUUCCUUAUCAAGCCCGAGUGUGCAAAUGAGAAGUAUCCCGAGGGCCAGUAUCAUCAUGUCAACUGGACUGGGCGCGGUGGUAAUGUCUCUGCUUCUACAUACCAAGCAUAG